GACUGGGAGCGGGCGGGAGCGGGAGAGGGAGCGGGAGCGGGAGCGCGGCGCACGCCCCGGGCCGGCCCAGCGAGCGAGCGAGCGAGCCGGGAAGGAGGAGGGGAGCGGGGAAGCGAGGCUGCCGAGGCGGAGGGAUCUGCGCAUCAAAGCGAGCGAGGCGAGCAAAGUUUGGCUGGGGGGUUGGACUUUCCUUCCUGGAGGCGGCACCCAAACAGCUACCCCGUGCGGAAACCCAAACUUUCUUCUGCCACUCUGAGUCUCGCGGCCGCCGCCUCCGCCCGGCGUUCGGGGCCUUCCCGACCCGGCGCCGCUGUCGGCCGUCCGCCCGCCUCCCCCGCCGCCCUCCUUCCCGCCGCGGGAACCGCUCGGGGCGCAGGGCCGCGCGCCGAGCCCCGCUGGCUGCAGCGCCGCGGCCCGGCCCGGAGCACGGGCAAGUUCGCCGGGAGUUGGGGCGAAGUUUGGGCGGCCGAGCUCCCCUCUGCGCCCUCUCGGCGCCCCGCAGCGCCCAGCCCCGCCGGGGGCGCCCCUCGCCGCCCGCGCGCCCUCCCCAGCCAUGUCGUCCAUCCUGCCCUUCACCCCCCCGAUCGUGAAGCGCCUGCUGGGCUGGAAGAAGGGCGAGCAGAACGGGCAGGAGGAGAAGUGGUGCGAGAAGGCGGUCAAGAGUUUGGUCAAGAAGCUCAAGAAGACGGGGCAGCUGGACGAACUGGAGAAGGCCAUCACCACGCAGAACGUCAACACCAAGUGCAUCACCAUCCCCAGGUCCCUGGAUGGCCGCCUGCAGGUGUCCCAUCGGAAGGGGCUCCCCCAUGUCAUCUACUGCCGCUUGUGGCGAUGGCCCGACCUGCACAGCCACCACGAGCUGCGGGCCAUGGAGCUGUGUGAGUUCGCCUUCAACAUGAAGAAGGAUGAGGUCUGCGUGAAUCCCUACCACUAUCAGAGGGUAGAGACCCCAGUUCUACCUCCUGUGCUGGUCCCACGCCACACAGAGAUCCCGGCCGAGUUCCCUCCGCUGGACGACUACAGCCAUUCCAUCCCUGAGAACACGAACUUCCCCGCGGGCAUCGAGCCCCAGAGCAAUAUUCCAGAAACCCCACCCCCUGGCUACCUGAGUGAAGAUGGAGAGACCAGUGACCACCAGAUGAACCACAGCAUGGAUGCAGGUUCUCCAAACCUUUCCCCGAAUCCGAUGUCCCCAGCGCACAAUAAUUUGGACCUGCAGCCUGUCACCUACUGCGAGCCGGCCUUCUGGUGCUCCAUCUCCUAUUAUGAACUGAACCAGCGCGUUGGGGAAACAUUCCACGCCUCGCAGCCUUCCAUGACAGUGGACGGCUUCACCGACCCCUCCAACUCCGAGCGCUUCUGCCUGGGGCUGCUCUCCAACGUCAACAGGAACGCGGCCGUGGAGCUCACGCGGAGGCACAUCGGGCGAGGCGUGCGGCUGUACUACAUUGGAGGGGAGGUCUUCGCAGAGUGCCUCAGCGACAGCGCCAUCUUCGUCCAGUCGCCCAACUGUAACCAGCGCUAUGGCUGGCACCCGGCCACCGUUUGCAAGAUCCCGCCAGGGUGCAACCUGAAGAUCUUCAACAACCAGGAGUUUGCCGCCCUCCUGGCUCAGUCCGUCAACCAGGGCUUCGAGGCGGUCUACCAGUUGACCCGGAUGUGCACCAUCCGCAUGAGCUUUGUCAAAGGCUGGGGAGCGGAAUACAGGAGACAAACCGUGACCAGCACCCCCUGCUGGAUCGAGCUGCACCUGAAUGGGCCUUUGCAGUGGCUUGACAAGGUCCUCACUCAGAUGGGCUCCCCAAGCAUCCGCUGUUCCAGUGUGUCUUAGAGACACUGGGUGUGAAGGGGGAGGGUGGGGGGGAGGGUGGGCUUUGUGGGGGAAGGCCGCAUAGGAGGAGAAAAUUGGAACUCACUAUUGUCAAUGAAGAAGAAAUUUUUCUCCCUCAAUCAAAGCGGCACUGACCUGUUUUCCAAAACGCAAAAGCAAACCCAGAGAUGGAUUUUCUGAACAGCUGUGUCUGCCAAACACAUGUGCCCUCUGGCCCCCGUUUGCAGGGCAAGAAAUGGCUUCUGCUCUGGCGGCUUGAGCAAACAGGUAGUAGUUCACCACCUGCCCCCUCCUCCCAGCCCCCUUCGGAUUUAAUGACAGCAAUCUGGGAUGUCACUGUCCAACAGGAAAUGGCCGUGGGUUCCGGCCUGGAGUGUGAAACUCACCUUGGGUGUUCUUGGUGGGACAGAGCCUGCAGGGGCGGGAGCGAACCUCAUGCCUAGCCCUCUGGCGCUUGUGACCAGUGCUUCAGCUGAGCAUUUCUGAGCCCCAGCACUCCAGCAGACCCUGCACCCAAGGAGCCAGAUUGACUUGGGGUGGGGAGGGGGGGCGCAUCUGUCCCCUUUCUUCUGACAGUGUCCCGAGAAGGGUGAGCCAGCAUGCUCAGAAUAUGCGCUCGUGGACAGUGGGAAAAGUGGACAAGACCCCUCCUCUCAAAUUUGUCCUUUCUCACUUGGAACAGUUGGGAGAUCCGCUGAGACUCAGCGCUUAUACAAUGUAUAUUUUCUCUUCUCCUGUUAAUCUCAGAGAUUUGAAGCACGUGAGAUGGUCACGUGAGGCAGGAGGCAGUUGUCGCAUCAGUGGGGUCUGAGCGGAGGCGACGCUCCAUUCCGUGGGUCUGCAGUCCUCUGUAAGAGCUCACUUGCUAUUCUCAUGCAUCCGGCUCUCCUGGUUUACGUAGUCAGUUGCAUUAAUUAAAUGAGCUUUGUCGUAUGCUCGUUUAAAUGUUUAUUUUCUAUUUAAAAAAAAAUCCUGGGUUGGCACAUUGACGGGGAAACCAGCAUUGUGGGGGGGGCUGGCAACCUCUCUCUCUCAAGGUGAAGCUUUUCCAGGUUUUGUUGAGAAGACACUCUGCCAGCACUUCUGGAAACUGAAAUUAACAGAAGCAAAUGCAACCGAAGGGAAAAAAAAUCUCAGGCCAACAUAGGCAAAUGAAAAAGGGCUAUUAAAUUUUUUUUUUUUUUAACACCUUGGAAAAUUGGAGCUUUGGAGCACAGAGGUGUGCCGUCUCCCCCCAACCGCCCCCAGGGAUGUAAGAUUAUCUGGCUCACGGCGGAGGAUCAUCAGUGACGACUUCAGCAGCUAUACUGUGUAAGAAGUACCGUUCCCAGUGGCAAUUAGUGAGGAAACUGGUAUACAUUACUUCAACUGGAAAAAAAUCCCUCCUUUUCAACUGGCCUCUUGCAGAAUACAGCAUUGCCCCGUGUAACUGGGACUUGAUUCUUCGUUGCUGUUUUUGUAUGAAAUGACUUUAUCCCAUCUUUUUGCAUGGGUUUCUACCAGGAAAAGCCAAGGGAUUUCCCAUGGAAGUCCUGUCUGAUUCCAGGCCAAGGGCAGAAAAUGUCUACUUCUGGCGGGUAUAAAUAUCAAAUGUGAUGCCGUUUCUGAUGCCUUAUGGGGACAGUGGGCGCUUCCUGGCACCUCCCCGGCAGGGUCCUAAUGCCCCCCAGCUCUAGCCAUGUGGUUUCCAGGUAGGAGAGCUGCUCUCCAAGCUCCCUGAGGACACAGGAAGAGAUGGGAGGAGCACCUUGCCAGACCGAUGCUGGUCUCUGACUCAGAGCCCAGAGACCCUACACAACCGCCCUCUCCGAGGCGGUCAGACACCAAGGGGCCGGGGUUCACCUGCUGUGAAGCCAUCUGCCGACUGCUGCUUCCAGGAAGCCAGCUGGGCCUACCUGGACGUGCACGCAUGCUCCUGGUCAGGUCUGAGACUUGUGGUGGGGGCACUCCACUGCGGCCUCCACUGGUGCCGUGGUGCCUUCCCCCAAAGCCAGGGCAGCGGUUUCCGAGGUCUCCAUCGGCCUCCUGCUCCUCCUAGGCCUUCCUGUGGCACACAGCCGUCCUCCUGUUUCUUGGGGACUCGCUUCAGGUACAGCACGGUUUGAGCGAUCUGGUGGCUGCGCCUGGAUGGUGUCUUGGCACCCCUGAUGCUCAGGGCCGAGCGCUACUUUAGGAGGUGUGAAGUCUUAGUCUUGUGUUUCUACAAAAGCUCACUUGGCCCCUCUUCUUUAUAGACUAGACCCGUGGAGGAAGAUGUGAGAGGAGAAUGUAGGUAAGUCCACCUCUAGAAGAAAUUCAGUCAGACUUCGAGGUGAGGACUUGGUGCCCUUCCCAUCAGAGAGGCUGCAGCUGUACGGGGCAGGGGAGGUCCGCAGGGGUAGGGGGACUUGUGUCAUAUUAGUGGCCUUUCUUUAAGUCACAAAGCGGUUUUCUUAGUUUGAAAAUCUUGUUGUAGGAAUGGCAUUUUCAUGUUAAAGAGAAUUUUUAAAGGACAGUUGAUAGGGGCAGGAGAAAAUAGGGUAGUCUGGGGGCAGGGGUGGAGGGCAGUUUUAACUGUCAUGUCCUGGGUGGGACUCCCCACCCAGUUGCCUUCACCCUGGGGCUAAUGCUGCCCCGAGCCCCCGAGGAGCUAGCCCCGGGCCUGAGGUCCUCAGCUGUGCACCGCCCCCAGGAGCCAACAUCUCUUCUCUUCCUUUCCUCCCCCACUCCUCUUCCCAACUUUAUUUAGUAACUUAGGUCCUUCCAGCACAAGCCCAGUAGGUAGCUGCCCCAGCGGCUUCGGGUUACAGGCUUGUGCUGGAACAUCAUCUCAGUUGGCCACCUUCCUGGCGGGCUGCAGACGAUCUGACAUUUUGAGACAAGCUGAGAGUCAGGAGCGGGGCCUCUGACUCCUCUUAGGAAGCACGCGCGCACACAAGGGCAAGGCUGCUGGCAGACUUUCCCAUUGUCCUUAUGUUGUCUGUGUUGUAUUUUUUUUAUUGACCGUGGUGAUUUUUUAAAAAUCAUUAAUGUAUUGGAAUGAGCUGUAGCACGUAUCUUGUGCUUAGUUUUUUUUUCCUCCAUCUUCCCUUGGCUUCCUAGAGUUUGGACCUAUCCCAGGGUUUACUCAAACUGCAGGAAAAGGCUUUAAGUAGCAUGUUCAUGUCACACACGCAUGUAUGUAGUCUGGGGAGAAGGCAGAGGGGGUUUCAGCCUGGGCCCCCAGCGGCUCUGAGACUUCGUACCAGUCUUUCCCCAGGCCCAGAGCUCACCUGAGGCCCAUCUCUGUUGGCCUCAAAAGGAUGAGGAAGACGAAUCUGGGGACUGUUCACAGGCCGGUUUCCCAGGGGGGUUACCCAUAGCAAGAGGGGGUCUGAGUUUAAUGCUGGGCUCUGUGUGACUUGAAGGGGCAGAGUCGGGAGUUGGCCCGAAGAUCUAUAGUAUGUCCCCAAUUUACUAAAAACGUGUUGUACCAUUUUUCUUUUCGGGGCCUGAACGUUCCCUUCUAGAUCAUCCAUCUGAGGAGUAUCCACUACUUCUCAAGAGGGUAGAAAAGCAAAACACAUACCCAGCAGGCUGUGGCUCUGACACGAAGAGGAGGGGUCGCUCAUAGAAGGGUGGAAGGCAGUGGGCACAUGAGGUCCAGGCAACUUUCUAGAAACACAGCUAGCCGAUCAUGUAAACUGGAUUGAGAAAUGCUCUCAGUGAUUCUGUAACUGAUUUUUUAUGCUGAAAUAAUGUACACUCUAGCAUUCUGGUGUUUUUAUAUUUAUGUAAUAAUUUCUUAAAACCAUUCAAGACAGAGAACUAUUUAAUUGUUUUGGAGAAAGUCAGAAAGGUCUCUCUGGGCAAGAGUCAGGGGCCCAGCCCGUUCUGAACGCUGCUGGUUGCGAGCACAGCACUCAGCUUCCAGAAGCUACCCCCCGCAACCAAACUGGGUAAGCAUGUGGCAGCACGCACAAAUGGGGGGGGGGGGUGCAGGCUCAUCCCCAAGGGACCUCAGAACCCACCCCCUCUCCCUUCAGAGCAGUGAGAUCUCCAGCCACAGGGAUGGAGCCAGAGCCCCCUCCCUCCCCUCUUCACUCACCUCCCUGCUGCUGUGGUGAGGAGGCUCUUCCAGACACUCUGGGGUGGGGUUGGGGGGGCAGGGACAGAGUGUGGAGGGUGUUGGGUGACCUUCACUUCUCAGCCAGCCUGACCUUUGAACACCUUUGUAAAAAGCAUGUACGUAUUUAUAGUGGUUUAGAUUUUUCUAACUUUUGUAUCUUAAGAGCAGAGCACCUGUUUAAGCAUUUUACCCCUAUUGUUAAAGAUCUGUGUCAUCUCUUUCCCCUGUAAGUGCUCUUCUAAUAAACUUUUCAUUGAAAAGCU